CAACUCCUUGCCACUAACAACUUAACAACUGUAUACGUAUAUACAGAUUCGCUUGUUGCGAGUUUAACGGUCGAAUACACUUUGCGCCUUUCUUUGCUCCUGGACGAGUGUGCAUCCUCGCUCCUUUACAGUAUCUUGUUUAACAACAAUAACGCGGAACUCAACAAACGCACUAGCAAGCCUACAGACGCGUGUUAGACGUUAGUAUUGGAGCCGUUUAUCUGAAGAAGCGUAAGUACUUGAUAAACGACAAUACGAAAUCUUUACACGUACUGAAUUCAAUCAACAAAGCUCGUGACUCGAGAUUUUGUGUGUGUGUUUUCUUUAAACGAAUAUAGAGAAACCUAGUUACAGGUUUAGUUUUCGAUUAUUGUCUUUCUUUUUGACGGAAGUCAGCUUUCUCUUCUUUGAAUUUAUUUUUUUAUAAGAUUCGCAAACGUUUUUGAAUCUUUUUCCCGUGUACUCUAAACAACAAAAGUUACUUUAUUUCUUUUUUGGUUUUUUUUUCUGUCUUAAUUUUUUACUCUCGAUUCUCCGGAAAUAACGGCGUAAAUUAAAAAAAAAUGAGUGACAUUCAGAAUUAUAUUGAUUCUAUUGAGAUCACAGACUGUUCUCAUCACUCGCAGCAGGAAAAUCACUUUGUCAACCUUAUUUCUUCUCAAAAGCUUGCUAUUGUGCCAUCUUUUGUGCUCGAGUCCGGUGAUGUCCUUUAUGAGGUACCGGUUGCCUUUAAAACCUGGGGUAAAUUGAAUGCCGAGGGUACCAACUGUUUGCUCAUCUGUCACGCCUUAAGUGGCUCUGCAGAUGCUGCCGACUGGUGGGGACCUCUUAUGGGCCCGGGCCGUGCCUUUGAUCCUCAACGGUUUUUCAUUGUUUGUUUGAAUUCGUUAGGCAGCCCGUACGGUAGUGCCUCACCGGUGACGUGGAAUCCGGAAACGCAGACUACUUAUGGCCCCGAGUUUCCUCUGACGACGGUGCGCGACGAUGUCCAAAUCCAUAAGCUUGUUUUGCAACGCUUGGGUGUGAAGCACAUUGCCAUGGCUGUCGGCGGUUCCAUGGGAGGCAUGCUUGUGCUGGAGUGGGCCUUCGACAAGGAUUUUGUCGGUACCAUUGUGCCCAUUGCAACUUCGCUUCGUCACUCUGCUUGGUGCAUUAGUUGGUGUGAAGCUCAGCGUCAGAGUAUCUACUCAGACCCCCAUUUUAAGGAUGGCUAUUACGAGCCUGAUGAGCAACCCGUCUGUGGACUCGGUGCCGCUCGUAUGGCCGCGCUGCUCACAUACAGGACGAAAGGCUCGUUCGAACGCCGGUUUUCCCGUGCCGCCGCCGACACGACUCGUCACCCCUACCCUGAUCACAUUCCCACCCCCCUCUCUAAUAAUGAUGCUCGAUGGGUUGUGCACAAUGAAGGUAAUAUUAACCGUAGCGAGCGCCCUGCACGCUCAAGCGGCGUCUCGACUCCAACGUCCGACAUGAGCAGCAGUUUUUCACAACCCCCAUCUCUGUUGUCCCGCAGGCAAUCCAACGACGUCCUCAGACGCCCAAUGAACACGUACUUUUCUGCGCAGUCAUACUUGCGCUAUCAAGCCAAUAAGUUUGUUAAGAGAUUUGAUGCCAACUGCUACAUCUCCAUUACUCGCAAACUCGACACGCACGACGUGAUGCGUGAUCGUGCGGACACCUUGGAACAGGCCAUGCAAGCCAUCACCCAGCCAGCACUUGUCAUGGGUAUUGAAACCGAUGGCCUGUUUACCUUUGAUGAGCAAGUUGAGAUCGUCCGUUUGCUCAAAAAUGGAACUCUCAAGUCCAUCACGUCUGCCGAAGGACACGAUGGUUUCUUAUUGGAGUUUGACCAGGUGAAUUCUUACAUUCUUGAGUUCCAGAAAGAGCAUCUUCAGCAAUUUCUCUCGAGUCCCUUAGUGGACGAGAAAAACACUGAAGGGGGCGAGUCAUUGACCACCACUCGUGAAAGUGUGUUUGGUGAGAUGGAAGACAUGGCCUCUUGGUAAAAAAAAAUAAAAAACUGCCAGCACCCAUCUUUCGGGGUCGCAUUCACUCAAGUACACAUGCGUCCCUUAACUACUCGAGCACACUUGAAUAAACAUAAAAUGCUCUUUGUCCCGGACAGGCAUACUCUUGGCUACUGUAACCGCGGCAACGGGGAAGCUCCAUGGCAUCUGCACAAUAUGAAUGCUUGAAGUGGAACGUUUGCGGUGAUUGCUACUACUGGUACUGAUAGCGUGAGGAUUCAACUCCUUUUAGACGCGUUCAUUCUUGGAUACGAUCUAAUGACCCUGUCCCCUAAUACAUCCUCUUUGACCGAACAUACACGACGUUUCCGUGCACCUCAAUGGGGUGUGUUGGAAUGAGUGGGACGCAUGAGUGUGUGUAUUUGCACAAACAUCAAAAUCCACACGCUCAAACGUCCCAUUUAUUCCAACGGGUUUGUCGACGCCCCUCCAACACGGGGUACACCUUUCCCCCCAUCGUUUUCACCUUUCCAUUUAUCCCGCAUUGGUUUGUAUAUCAAAAAACGGCAGCGUCUCGUUUUUUGGAUUUGAGCUUCUUACGGCUGCCAAAUCAAUCUAGACUCUUUACACACACACACUCACUUACAUACAAACGAGCACACGCACACUCGAACACUUUUCCUCUUCGCCUCUUCAACUUUCGCUUUCCCACACAUGUCCAUGUUCCUUAUUCUUUUUUUUAACUUUGCCGUCUACGCCCUCUCUCUGCUUCCCUUUCUUUCUCAACCGACUUAGGUCAACGUGUGUUCUCUGUCUGUCUUGCCCAGUGCCUGCUUCUUUGUUUGUUUCAUAUUAAAGUAUAUUCUUUUCAGUCUAA